AGACAACGUGUUUCGUUUUAUGUGCAUUUGGUGUGAUCUUGUCAAAUCAAAAACUGGCUGUGAUAAAGCUAACAUAAAAAUAACAGACGCAGUGUCAGAUGAGAAAAACAAUUUGAGCAAUUAUCACACAUGCAACGCCUCAUCAUGUGGUAUGUGAAGGCCGAAUGAGCAAAGGAAAUCCUGUGUUAACAUCUCUGCAUCUGAAACACUUGGUGUGAGGUCUCACCCCGAGAGGAUGAGAUGGACUCUCUCAAGUGGACUCUGUUUUUUGUGUUCCUUUGCUUUAAAGUUUCUCAAACUGAAGGCUCAUCUUGGACAAUUAAGUUGCCGUCCUCAGUAAAAGGUCUCCCUGGAUCCUGUGUGGUGAUCCCCUGCUCAUUCAACUACCCAGAACCAAGCAUGGGGGUCAAUGAAUUCACUGGGAUGUGGUACGAGGGGACACAUGAGUUAAUCUAUCACCCAGACAAGUCAAAACGGAAGCAGGAUUAUCGGAGUAGGACAGAGCUGCUGGGAAACAUCGGACAGAAGAACUGUUCACUGAAGAUUGAUCGCCUUCAACAAAGUGACCAAGGGCCAUUUUAUUUCAGGAUCGAAAUGGAAGGAUAUGAGAAGUAUUCUUACAAAGAUAACACAGUUUCCAUUACAAUGAGUGAACCAAAUCCCAUCCAGUUCUCCAUGAAAGAGAAGAUUGUGGAAGGUGAUAAGGUGUUUGCAUCCUGCUCAGUGUCUCAUUCCUGUCCCACCUCUCCUCCUGUCUUUACCUGGAGUCACAUUGGAGAUAUAGAUUUCCAAGCAGAGAGGCUUGACAAUGGCCAAUGGACAGCAAAAUCUACCCUGAACUUUCGAGCUACCAGCGCUGAUCACAACAAGUCUUUACAGUGCACUGUAACAUACGACGGAGGGCGGCAGGACAAGAAAUCAAGAGACCUCAAAGUAAAUUAUGCCCCAGUAAAUGUGACAGUUGAGCACAAGUCAAAUGUGAAGGAGGGAGAAGAUGUGCAGCUGCGAUGCUCCAGUGACGCUCACCCUCGUGCCAGCAGCUAUCAGUGGCAUAAUGAAACUGGUGCUCAGCUGCAUCAAGGAAACGUCUACAUGCUGCCAAACAUAUCUAGACACACAGGAGCUCUGUACUGUACUGUCAUCAAUACAGUAGGACGAGGCAAUUCAAACCCUGUGCAGCUCAAUGUGUUAUUUGCCCCUGAGAUCAAGACGGCUUCUUCCUGCUCCUCAGAGGAAGAUAUGGUAAAGUGUGUGUGCAUUGUGGAGUCCAAGCCUCCCAGCAUGGUCUAUUUUUUGCUUUCUGACAGAGUCUUGCCAAGCACCGAGGUAGAGAAACAUGGCUUUGUAACCAUUGGGACUCUGCAGGCAAAGUUUGAAUCUUCUGAACCCGUCUGUCUGGCAAACAACACCCUGGGCAAUGCCAACCUCACACUCCCUUUACCUAAAAAUAAGAUGCUGAAUCUUUAUAUUAUCAUCGCUUCUGGAGCAGGCGGGAUUUUGGUGAUGCUUUUAAUAAUAGCAAUAGUUGUUAAAAAUUGCAGGGGGAGGUCUAAGGAUGCACCAACACCUCGCAUGAGCUCACUGAAAACUGAAAACACUGAUAAAGAUGUGGUGCUCCCUCAGUAUGCCCCAACAAAAAGAAUAGAAAGGCCAUAUGAGGAUGUACAGUGCUUUGACACUUACGUCGAUGAUCAUGUGUAUGGCAACAUGGAGACAGACUGCGAUGAAGCAGUGUAUGCCAAUGUGUAACAUUGUUGAACUCGUUUGAGGAACAGCGCCAUCUGAUGUGGAUCAAGAAAGUGGUUCAGAAAAUGUCCUUUCUUCUGUAUAUAAGUGCUGUUUUACCCCUGUAAUUCCCUAUUAUUUUUGAAAAUAAUUCCCUGACUGCUUGUCCAAUCAACAGUAACAAAUGUGACUAAUGAAAAUUCACCAUUAAACUGCUGUCAUUUUCUUUUUACAUGCAUGUUUGAUAACAUUUUUAUUUUCAGUCAAAUCACUGUAUCAGUCACCUAAUAACCUCUUGCACAAGGCACACCUUUUAAAUGUCCUCUUUAGCUGUAUCUGCAUUGUAUGUAUAAAAAACCAUGCACUCUCACAGAUUGUCUUCAUUCAUUAAUCAACUAAACAAACUGAUAAAGUAAA